CCUCGCCAGCUGUUACUUCCGCCAGUUGAGACUACUAUGCAAACGCACGGCGGGCACGCUACGACACGUACAAAAACGAAGCCAAGAACGACCAAAUAUUUGCACGACUCGAGCGCGGCGCCAUGCAGCCCUUGCUCGCGGCGGCGGCCGCGGCAGUCCUUGUUAGCAUCCUCGGCGUCGCCGCUGGUGCCGAUGACGCGGGCACGCCGGCGAUCCUGGCCACGGUGUGCGGGACCACGCCGGCGGCGGAUCCGGAGGCCUUCGACGUCAGCUUCGUCAGCACCCUGGAGAUGAUCUACCAGAACGUCACGCGCUACGGCUUCGGCGCCGCGGCCACCGUCAGCGGGGACAACACCGUCUUCGGGCUCGGCCAGUGCAUGGCCUACCUCUCCCCGAUCGACUGCCAGCUCUGCUACGCGCAGAGCCGCGUCAAGCUGCCCCACUGCCUGCCCGCCACCAGCGGCCGAAUCUACCUCGACGGUUGCUUCCUCCGCUUCGGCCCCGACAACUUCACCGCCGUCGCCACCGACGCCAACGACACCGCGGUGUGCUCCAACUCCACCGUGCCCGCGCCGGGGUUCGCUGUCGCGGCGGCGUCCCUGGUGCGGAACGUCACGGCGGCCGCGCCGGGCGCGAGGGACUACUACUACGCGUCGGCCGCGUCCGGGAGCGCGCGGGUGUACGCCGCGGCGCAGUGUUGGAGGUCGCUCAACGCCAGCGCGUGCGCGGUGUGCGUGGCGAGCGCGCGCGACCGGGUGGUCCGCCAGUGCCUGCCGGGCGCGGCCGAGGGGUACGGCCUGAACGCCGGGUGCGUCGUCAGGUACUCGACACAGCCGUUCUACUUGUCGGCGAACGCCAGAGGUGGCGGCGGAUCUUCCGCACGGCACAAAAUUAUCAUCGUGAUCGCAUCGGUCUUCUCUGCGUUGGCAGUCAUCGGCAUAGCAUUCGUCUGGACAAAGAUGAGGUCCAGAAGAGAUGAUCUCCAUGACGGCAUGGACGGCUCAGGCGAGAUCGUCCGCGCCAUCGCCGCGUCGCAGCUCGGCUUCAAGUACGAGGAGCUGCGCACGGCGACCGACGACUUCGAUCGGAUGAACAAGCUCGGCCAGGGAGGCUACGGGUCGGUUUACAAGGGUGUGCUGCCAGACGGCCGGGAGGUCGCCGUGAAGCGGCUCUUCUUCAACACGCGGCAGUGGGCCGACCAGUUCUUCAACGAGGUGCGCCUGGUCAGCCAGGUGCAGCACAAGAACCUGGUCAAGCUGCUCGGCUGCAGCGUCGAGGGCCCCGAGAGCCUCCUCGUCUACGAGUACCUCUGCAACACCAGCCUCGAUCACUACCUCUUUGAUGCGUUCAAGAAGAAUGCGCUGGACUGGGAGCGGAGGUUCGAGAUCAUCCUCGGGACGGCGGAGGGUCUGUCGUACCUGCACAACGCUUCCGAGAUCAGGAUCAUACACAGGGACAUAAAGGCCAGCAACAUACUGCUGGACGAGAGGUUCAGGCCUAAGAUUGCAGAUUUCGGCCUGGCGAGGAACUUCAUGGAGGAUCAGAGCCACCUCAGCACCGGCCUCGCGGGAACUUUUGGAUAUAUGGCUCCAGAGUACAUCAUCCAUGGGCAGCUGACAGAGAAGGCCGAUAUAUACAGCUACGGCGUGCUAGUCCUUGAGAUCAUCACCGGUCGGAAGAACCACAACUCGGUGGCCUCAUCGGCAGAAGGCCUUUCACUCAUGGCACUGAUAUGGAAAAACUACAACACCGGUACCCUGAUGGAACUGCUGGAUCCAAACCUUCGCGAGCAAUGCUCAGAGGAGGAAGCUCUCAAGGUCUUCCAUAUAGGGCUACUAUGCGCUCAGGCAUCGCCGAACCUUAGGCCACCGAUGUGGAAGGUGGCUGAGAUGCUCAGCAGUAGGGAUAAGGUGCUUCCCCGGCCUACUCAGCCUCCGUUCAUCAAUGUAAAGGGGUCGAAUGCGAAAAGCGACAGCUCAGGAUCAUCGUCUCUUCUGUCGAACUCGGGCAAGUCACCGUUCUCACUGAAUCAGUUAUCAGUGAGUGGGGUGCAGGCAAGGUAACAAGAAGUCAAAAGUCAAGACACGGAUAGGUUCAAUCAAAUUCACAAGAUCCACAAAAUUCCUGGUCUGAUCAGAUCAGAGCUCCUGCUGUUAGUGCUGCUGCCUGGAACGCUGAACUUUGCUGGCGGUGUGAUCUGGUCCAGUCGUUGUCGAUUUCUUUAUACGAGUCAGAACUUGCUGCUGAGAACAAGUAAAGGGACCAGCCAAAUGUCUUGACUAGAGCAAAAGAAUAUUGAUGAGCGAGUGAAGUGUUCGCUGCCGUCCAAGAUGGAGACGGCUGAACAACCAGCAUCAGUGUUCGUUGAAACUGGAGACAAAAUGCAGAAGGCGUCUAACACUCUGCUGCUCCACCCCCCCCCCCCCCC